AAAAACCCUUGAUGUUCACAUGAGAGUUCAUACUGGAAAGAAACCGUUCACUUGGGAUCAGUGUGGGAAACGUUUUGCACAAUUAGCAACACAUAAGAUACACAUGAACAUCCACACGAGAGAUAAACUAUACACAUGUGAUCAGUGCGGGAAAAUAUUUUUAAGGGCUUCAGACCUAAAGAAACACCUGAGAGUUCAUACAAAGGAGAAGCCACAUUCAUGUUAUUUGUGUGGAAAAAGAUUUUCAUCAAAUCUGAAAACACAUGAGAGGAUCCACACUGGAGAGAAACCGUACACAUGUGCUCGGUGCGGUAAGAGUUUUGCACUAAAAGAAUACCUUACGACACAUAUGAGAGUUCAUACUGGAGAGAAACCUUUCACUUGUGAUCAUUGUGGAAAGAGCUUUACUCACUCGUCAAACCUUAAGGAACACGUGAACAUUCACACUAGAGAGAAACUGUACACAUGUGAGCAAUGUGACAAAACAUUUUUGUGUGCUUCAGACCUGAAGAAACACCUGAACGUUCAUACAAAGGAGAAGCCACAUUCAUGUCAUUUGUGUGAAAAGAGUUUUUCAUGUUUACAAAUUUUGAAGGAGCAUCAGAAAAUACAUACUGGUGUGAGAGAGUACAUGUGCUUUGAGUGUGAAAAUACUUUUACUUCAGCUGAACAUUUGAAACGACACGAGAGGAUUCACACUGGAGAAAAACCUUAUAAGUGUUCACACUGUGACAAGAGAUUCAGUCAUUCAGCAAAUAUGAAAACACACGAGAGGAUCCACACUGGAGAGAAACCAUACAAGUGUCCACACUGUGACAAGAGAUUCAAUCAUUCAGGACAUCUAAAAACACAUGAGAGGAUCCACACUGGAGAGAAACCAUACAAGUGUCCACACUGUGACAAGAGAUUCAAUCAUUCAGGACAUCUAAAAACACAUGAGAGGAUCCACACUGGAGAGAAACCUUAUAGGUGUUUACACUGUGACAAGAGAUUCAAUAAGUCAUCAGACCUGAAAACACAUGAGAGGAUUCACACUGGAGAGAAACCUUAUAGGUGUUUACACUGUGACAAGAGAUUCAAUAAGUCAUCAGACCUGAAAACACAUGAGAGGAUUCACACUGGAGUGAAACCUUAUAAGUGUUCACACUGUGACAAGAGAUUUAGUAGGUCAGCACAUCUAAAAACACAUGAGAGGAUACACACUGGAGAGAAACCUUAUAAGUGUUUACACUGUGACAAGAGAUUCAAUAAGUCAUCAGACCUGAAAACACAUGAGAGGAUUCACACUGGAGAGAAACCUUAUAAGUGUUCACACUGCAACAAGAGAUUCAGUGAUUCAGGAGACCUAAAAAGACAUGAGAGGAUCCACACUGGAGUGAAACCUUAUAAGUGUUCGCACUGUGACAAGAUAUUCAGUCAGUCAGCAAAUCUGAAAACACAUGAGAGGAUCCACACUGGAGAGAAACCUUAUAAGUGUUCACACUGUGACAAGAGAUUCAGUCGGUCAACACAUCUGAAAACACAUGAGAUGAUCCACACUGGAGAGAAACCUUAUAACUUUUCACACUGUGACAAGAGAUUCAAUAAGUCAUCAGACCCGAAAACACAUGAGAGGAUUCACACUGGAGUGAAACCUUAUAAGUGUUCACACUGUGACAAGAGAUUUAGUCGGUCAGCACAUCUGAAAACACAUGAGAGGAUACACACAGGAGAGAAACCUUAUAAGUGUUUACACUGUGACAAGAGAUUCAGUGAUUCGACACAUCUGAAAACACAUGAGAGGAUACACACAGGAGAGAAACCUUAUAAGUGUUCACCCUGUGACAAGAGAUUCAAUAAGUCAUCAGACCCGAAAACACAUGAGAGGAUACACACAGGAGAGAAACCUUAUAAGUGUUCACCCUGUGACAAGAGAUUCAAUAAGUCAUCAGACCCGAAAACACAUGAGAGGAUACACACAGGAGAGAAACCUUAUAAGUGUUCACCCUGUGACAAGAGAUUCAGUCGGUCAACACAUCUGAAAACACAUGAGAGGAUUCACACUGGAGAGAAACAGCAUCACUGCACUGCACGUGGGAAGCGCUUUAAUCAAUUAAUCUGCUCUACUCAGUCAUACAAAAAACAAUCAUAGUAAGGCCCCAUCCACAUGGAGACUCAUUUAGAUGUACAGGUGCAUCUCAAUAAAUUAG